UUAGAGACACUGUAAAUUCAACUAUUAAUAAAACUAUUGAAGUUGUCAAGGGAACUUAUGAUAACAUUGUAGGCAGCAUCAAAAAUACUGAUGCAGACCAAAAAUCUGAAGAUGAUUCGGGCAAAGUUAAAGUUGAUAAAUGA